CUCUUCCUUUCCUUUCCCUUUCCUUUCCUUUCUCUCCAUGUCAAUUCCCCAAAAUGCCCUCACUCUAUCUCUCUAACCCCUCUUCCGACCCUCCACACGACACCGCCCCCCUUCCGCUUCCACUUCCACUUCCACUUCCUCUGCUGCGUCCCAUUCUCCCGACAUGUGGAAUUACCUUUUCGUACCCAUACUCCUCUACCUCUCCAAAGACCUCGCCAUCGCUAAAGCUCAAACCUCCACUCCACUCCUCCUCCCGAGCCAACGAGGAGACGACUCCUUUCCCGACUCACUGAGUUCGGCUCCGAGUUGCACGACUCUUGACCCGAAGCUCUAUUAUCGGCCGGUGAUCGGGAUACUCAGUCAUCCGGGAGACGGCGCGUCGGGGAGGCUGAACAAUGAUACGAAUGCGUCGUACAUAGCGGCGUCGUAUGUGAAGUUCGUUGAAGCGGCUGGUGCUCGAGUGAUUCCUCUUAUUUAUAAUGAGCCUGAAGAUAUUCUUUUCGAGAAGCUUGAAUUGGUUAAUGGCGUGCUUUUUACAGGAGGGUGGGCUAAAGCCGGAUUGUACUAUGAGAUGGCUCAAAAAAUAUUUAAGAAAGUUCUAGAGAAGAAUGAUAAGGGAGAUCAUUUCCCAUUGUAUGCCAUUUGCUUGGGUUUUGAACUUUUAACAAUGAUUAUCAGUGAAGACAGAAAUAUUCUUGAAUCAUUUAGUGCUGACGAUCAGGCAUCUAGUCUCCAAUUUGUGAAAAACAUUAAUAUCAAAGGAACAGUAUUUCAAAGAUUUCCUCCAGAUAUGCUGAAAAAGCUAGGUACAGAUUGUCUAGUCAUGCAAAACCAUCAUUAUGGCAUUUCACCAGAGAGACUUCGAAAUAAUCCAAAUCUAUCCAGUUUCUUCAAGGUCUUAACAACAAGCACUGAUGAAAAUAAUGAGGUCUAUGUCUCCACUGUACAAGCAUAUGGCUAUCCUGUCACUGCCUUCCAGUGGCAUCCAGAGAAAAAUGCUUUUGAAUGGGGCUCGAAAAUGAUUCCACACUCGGAGGAUGCCAUUCAAGUGACACAGCAUGUCGCAAACUUUUUAAUCAGUGAGGCAAGGAAGUCGACAAACCGGCCACCUGCACGAAAAGUGCUUGACAACCUUAUUUAUAAUUACAGUCCCACCUAUUGUGGGAAGGCUGGUAAGGGAUUCGAUGAGGUCUACAUCUUUACACAGCUUCAAACCCGAAUUUGAAAGGUUUGUGCGCGUACAUAGCCAUUGUUAUCAGAAGUUGAAGCUAUGUUGUUGGAAAUAUAUAUAUUGUUGUUAUUGUAAAUGUUUUCACUGAUUUGUACGAGUUCUGAGUCUGAAUGUUGUCAUCAUGUAAGCUGUGGUCUGGAUACUUGCUACCCAAGAAAUAAAUCUUUUGUCAGACAUGAAGCUGUAUUGGUAAAUAAAAAUGCGAGAGCAAUGCUUACUCAU